GCUAACAGAGGUGAGAGUGAGAUGAAAGAAAUAUAAAUAGAAGCAGCAGCGGGAUUUGGUAAAGCUAGAAAUUGCAAUGAAGAAGAGGAGCAGCAGCAGCAGCAGCAGUAGUUCAGUUUUUGAGGCGAAUGGAGUGGAGGAACCUCAACAACCUUCAUCCUGUGCAGCAGCAGCAGCAGCAGCACUUGAUGAGUUGCAUAAAGAGAAAAAUGAGAAUGGAGAAGAAACCCUCGUGCCUUCCAAUCCCUAUCCCAAUCUUGACGAUGGCUUCUAUGAAAUCGAAACCAUACGCCGUAAGAGGCUACGCAAGGGUCAGCUCCAGUACCUAAUCAAAUGGCGUGGAUGGCCUGAGACUGCCAACACUUGGGAACCUCUUGAAAAUCUACAGUCCGUUCCUGAUCUCGUUGAUGCUUUUGAGGACAGCCUCAAGUCUGGAAAACAUCAGAAGCGCAAGCGCAAGCAUGUGGAUGUGCUUCAACUCACCCUACUCAAGAAGCGCUCCGAACGUUCUACCACUUCUUACAGCCUUAGACAUUUCCCACCUCUAACUCCCACUAAUGCAAAUGAUUAUGAUCCAAAGCUCAGUGAACUUAAGGCACCAACACACACUGGGGUUCAGCUAGAUAACCUUGCAAUACAUUUCCAACAACCAAUUCCAAGCAGAGGAGCAAAAAGGAGAAAAUCUGCUUCUUCUGUCAAGAGGUUCAAGAGAGACACCGAUGCAGCUGCACUUCAACCAAUUUCUGCUCCUAUCAACAUGCCUGAUGCUAAUACUGCCUGCAAUAUUGUCAAGAUUAUCAAGCCAAUAGGCUAUUCAGCUUCUUUAUCUGACAACAUGCACGAUGUUUUAGUCACCUUUAUGGCUAUGAGGUCUGAUGGAACAGAAGUGAUGGUGGACAACAGAUAUCUCAAGGCAUACAAUCCUCUUCUGCUGAUCAAUUUCUAUGAGAUGCAUCUCCGGUAUACUCCUACACCGUGACUGAACAGGGUAAUGAAGGGGCUUCCUGUGUUUGCUGUUGGUGAUAACAAUGUAGUUUUGUAGACGCAGCGGAUCGUGAAGGGUAAUACUUUUUUGGUUAGUGUAUGACGAUAUAACCAUUAGACCAAUUGUUUCAAAUGCCUGCCUGCAUGACUUCAUACUAAGACAACCAAGAAUUAGAGCCAUGAACAUGACUAGGAAAUUGUAUUUCAAAUCUUUGCAAACCUCUUUAAUCUAAUUAUUCUACAUCCCGUUCUAUCCUCUCA